UUAGACUUCUUGGGGAUCGUUCACCAGGCUGAUCAUCCGGGAGGAUCAUACCACAGUAGUAUCCUCGUAUUCACAUCGUGAUCGGCUCUCUAGUGAGAAUGUUCGUUGGCUCGUGAAAGUGCCAUUACCUCAGGACGGUUAAGCGAGUGCCAUCCUCUUAUUUUUGAAGGAUGUACCCAGGUCCUUUGGUAAAAUAAAAAAACCGCUGGCUAUACAUACAUAUAUAUUUUACAAAAAGAAAACGUAAAACAAAAUGAGGUUUCCACGUGGUUUUACCGCCAUAAUUAUUAUCGCCCUGGCAGGAAGUACCUCGUCGAUGAUGAAGUCAGGUCGCGACGAUCAUAGCAAGUGUGGUAGACCUGCCGUGUCGCAAAGACAACCACGAUCGACAGGGCGACAGCCACGACCAUCCACCGGGCGAAUUUUUAAUGGGAAACCAAGUAGACGUGGUGCUUGGCCUUGGCAAGUGUCACUUCAGCUACUUCAUCCUAAACUAGGCUUCAUCGGACACUGGUGUGGUGGCGUUCUGAUAGAUUCAAAAUGGGUACUCACUGCAGCCCAUUGCGUUCACAAUGAACUUUUCAAUCUACCUAUCGGCGCUCUCUGGACAGCCGUUUUGGGUGAGUGGGAAUUGGAUUCCGGUGGUCGUGGGUCAGCACGUCUUCCAGUGGAGAGAGUGAUUCUUCACGAGCGAUUUAACAACUACGUUCACGAUAUAGCACUGAUGAAGCUGAGCAGACCAGCGCCAUUGUCGAAAGUCGUAAGAAUCAUAUGUCUUCCGGAAUCGAAAGAAAAGUUCACUGACGCACAGUGCGUGGCCUCGGGUUGGGGUCGUUCAGGACCAUCGCCGUCGCUCUCAUCGGCGCUCCUCGAAGCCAGCGUGCCUUUAUUGAAUCUGGAGGAAUGUAAAAAAGCUUAUGGACAAUCGGUUCCCAUUCGUGGUGGUCAUCUCUGCGCUGGACAUACUGACGGCUCAUCCGGAAGUUGCGUGGGUGACUCUGGUGGACCUUUGCAAUGUCGACGAGCGGACGGUGAUUGGCUGCUGGUUGGUAUCACUUCAUUUGGAUCAGGUUGCGCAAGACCAGGAUAUCCUGACGUCUACACAAGGAUACAACAUUAUUUAAACUGGAUAAAGGAUACCAUGAAUGCCGAUGCGAACACCUGAAUUAAUUAAUUAAGCGACUCUAUCGAGAACUGUGAUUUUGGAUACUACGUCGUUUACGCGUAGGUGAUACAAACUUGUAUAUAAGUCUAGGUAGUUUUAUAUUUUUUUAAUGAGAGUUUAAAAAUUGUUUCGUGCCUCAAUAUGUUCGGUACAGCUAAUGUCCAGUAUGAUCCUAAGUGUUCUAGUAAGGAUAAUAAGCACGUACCUAGAGACAUAUAUAUAUAUAAUACACUGGUCUAGUGUGGUAAGUAAGAAUCUGUGUAUAUUGACAUAAGGAUCAAUUACGUCCGAAUCUUUAUCCUUAUGUUUACCAGGACUCUGGAUAUCGGAAUCCUUCCAAAAUUCUUGACAAACAAUAUCCCUGGUGUCUCUUGACAUAUAUUUCUUAUAGCUGGGACUGAUCUUGUCUUCGAGCUUUGUUAUAGAGUAUUGAUAAGCGUACGUGACUUUCAUUCUGUUUGCCAAGAAAUUGACCACGAUUUUGGGGGAUAUAUAUAUAUAUAUAUAUAUGCACACACGUUAAGGGUGAAGAUACCCUUAAAGAUUUCUUAUUCAUGCGAAAUCAAAUUCGCUAACUUUCAAAAGAAAAGUCAUUUCCCUGAGGGCUCACGGUAUUUCAAUUUGAAACAGAAAAAUCCAUUUGAGCGAGCGUCACCUGUUGUAUCUGGAUACGCCAUCUGAACAUCUGCAUUUAUAUAAGUACCUAUCUCACGCCUCUCUCAAUUCACAUUGUUGCGUAAGUUCAAAGCGUACGCCCAGGAAGCUAUGCUACUGCUAUACAUUGAUAAAAUUAGAUAUAUCGAUUUACCAUGCACGUGUGUUCACAUUCAUACAUAUCAUGUGCAAACUCAGGCUCGAGAAGCUACCUAUGAGUACUCGCGGUGCAUACUCGUAAUUAACUUAAUACGGCCCACUUAAUAUGCAUACUAGAUUGUUGAUAGGCAUAUAUGAUAGUCUGGUAAGUUUCAGAAAUUUGUAAUAUACUAUAGGUAUAUACUAUGUAGCAGUACUGAUGAAAGUAUCAGACAGUGCUCUAAGUGUCAGACUUUUAAAAUAAUUCUACUGUUAAAUUGGAAAGUCGAGAAAGUUUAUUGUACGUUAAAAUCUUUUGGUAAGAGAAGAAAUUUUUAUUAAUAUUUUUCGAUAAGGCUAGAACUGAAAUUAUGAUAUUUUAUACUUUUUUUUUUGGAAAGGUUAUUCCAUAAUUUUACUAGAGAGUAUGUAUAGUGCAUUAUGCAAUUUCUGUCUAUGUUUCUACUAGGUAAGUUUUAAGUGCAAUUAGAUACUUAAUCCUAUUAUAGACUGUUUAACCAGAUAGUGUUUCAAGCUUGUAUUCAUAUUAUAAAUAGACUUGAGAUUUUCGAUAUUCGAAAAUGUCCUCUUUCGCGGACGCAGGUGUCAUAUUAGGGGAAUUGAAUCUACUUAGUAAAUUAACAUGGCUGAGCUUGUUUGGAACGGUCACGUCGAGUGUUAAUUAGUAAUUACAUUAGAUAGUUUGCGAGCUAUUACAAAGCGCACCUGCUACAUAGAAAUAUACAUAGCCAGAAUAGGAACGCAAGUGUCAGAGUGUUAAAAAAAAAUCAAGUGAACGAAAAAACGCGUGACCAAUUGAAAUCAUACGUCAUGCAAAAUGAAAUUUUUUCUUUCGUCGCCACAGUUUUUUUAUUUUCUCUUCGUCGCAUCUCUCGAUUUUCAUUUGCAGAUUUUAAUAAUUGCUGCCAUAAAUAAACGUCCAUUAUCAUCAUUGUAACGUUGUACAGUCGCAAGUUUCACGGGCUAAAAGAUGAAAGUGCGAAACUUUCUUCACUCGCAGAGUGCUGAUCGAGAUGUUACUUUACAACCAUGAAAAUUAGGGUUACAAUAUUCACUGAGCCUUAGACUGUUAUUAAAACAUUUCAAUUUAAUUAGCAUAACGCAAGUUUACUUCUCACUGAGCCUGCCAAGCCAAGGUUUGUCAUUAAUCCCAGCCAUUACUUGAUUAAAGGAACAUGUCCCGCUGGGAAACACGGAUGGGAGUGUCUUUUAAUGUUAACACACGUGUCAUGCUCUGAAACACGUAUAAUCAGUAUUAAUUGAUUAUUUAAAAUCUUAUACAUAAGCAUAGAAUACCUUGUACAGAAACAUUUCCCUAUGUACAUCCAAUAGUAAAAUCUCUUCUAUCGUA